CCGUCCCACCCUCGCGGCCACCGCAAGACUGCCUCCUCGGUCGACCAAGUCCCGCGCCAGACCUUGAUGAAAGCGCUUGCCUCGGUCGCCCGCAAACACAAGCCAGAGUCCCUUUCACUUCCAGCCAUGCUCAACGGCGACGCCUCCGCGGCCGCCCAGCGCCCGGCGUCCUCGUCCUCCCAGAGACUGUCCGACGCCCUGGCCGAGCUCGCCGCAAACAGAAACUCGCCUCUGACUGCCAUCCCUGCUCUGCAGUCGCCCUGCUUCUACCACACCCGUUUCGAUGAUAAUGUCAACAUUGACAAGGUCCUCGAGGAAAUCAAGAACGAUGACUACAUGUCGCAUUCCCGCCUGGUCCAGACUGCGACCGGCGUGCGGGAGGUCUCCAAGCAGCUCCAGCGCCGCCCGAUCCGGCGCGCAGUCCGCAACGUCAUGAUCGUCACAAAGGCCAGGGACAACGAACUUGUCUAUCUCACCAGAGAACUCACCUCCUGGCUGAUCAGAACUCCAAGAUAUGGUUCAAAGGUCGGAGUCAACGUCUACGUUGAUGCUAAGCUGCGCAACUCAAAACGCUUUGGCGCAGCAAGCAUCGUUGACGAAGAUCCCCGUUUCGAGUCGAUGCUGCGGUAUUGGUCCCCCGAUCUCUGCUGGAGCCACCCAGAGAAGUUCGACCUCGUGUUGACUCUGGGCGGCGAUGGCACUGUUCUCUUCACUUCUUGGCUGUUCCAGCGCAUCGUCCCACCUGUCCUGUCCUUCAGCCUGGGCAGUCUCGGGUUCUUGACCACUUUCGAGUAUGAGAAGUACAAGCAGCACCUGAACAAGAUCAUGGGCGAUGAAGGUAUGCGGGUCAACCUUCGCAUGCGCUUCACGUGUACCGUGUUCCGGGAUGGCGAGGAAGGAGAGCAGUUCGAGGUUCUCAACGAGCUCCUCAUUGACCGUGGGCCGUCGCCCUAUGUGUCCAAUCUGGAGCUCUACGGCGACAACGAGCUUCUGACCGUCGUUCAGGCGGAUGGAUGCAUCUUCUCCACGCCCACCGGUUCUACCGCGUAUUCCCUGUCCGCCGGAGGCUCGCUGGUGCACCCUGACCUUCCCGCCAUUCUCCUGACCCCUAUCUGUCCUCAUACGCUGUCGUUCAGACCUAUGGUCUUGAGCGAUACCAUGCUUCUGCGGGUGGCGGUGCCGCGCAAUUCCCGCGCCACCGCUUACUGCGCGUUUGACGGCAAGGGACGCGUGGAACUGAAGCACGGCGACUACGUGACCAUUAGCGCCUCGCAGUACCCCUUCCCGACGGUCAUGAAGACGGGCAAUGAGUGGUUUGACAGCGUGUCGCGCACAUUGCAGUGGAACACGAGAGCUGCCACCCAGAAGGGUUUUGAGAGCGGCACCAGCACGCACGCCUCGUCUUCGGACAAUGGCAAGGAUGCUGAUGACAACAACGAUGAGCCCGAGUGGGACAUUGACACCGACUCGGCCUGCUACGCCAGCGAAGACGGCGGCAGCAUCAGCGCAAGCCCGCUCAGGAGACAAAUGAGUCUGCUGGGCUUUUAG